CACAAUGACAAAUGAUUAUAUUCUCGGCAUCCGCCAACGCUGAUUUCCCUUUUACGUAUAUUCUGCCGUACCCGGAUGCUUUGGUGGAUUUCAUCACCAAAGCUGCGUCUGUUGGAAAGAAUGACAAGCAGCGCCGCUUUUUGAUUUACAGAGCGCUAGCCAAACAGAUCUUGUAUUUGCAAUUUCCCGCAUAUAGCAAACGCAUUUCCCACCGGAAGCUUCAGGUUACAUGCGGUCUGGGCCAUCUGCCUAAAGAAAUGUCGCUGCAGUGCAGUCACAAGGCAUUCCCGGUGUCACACUUGACCUUUUUGUCACUGAUGCCUUGAGGAUUAAUCAGCUGUACAAUUUGCGCAUCCAAUCAGAUGAAAUC